UUGGCGUCCAGAAAUAAAAUCGCAAUGGCUACUAUAACAAAGACAUUUACUCCACCACCGGCGGACGCUUACUCCUUCACGUCGCCUCGCAGUGUCGGAUCGACAGACAUGACGACGAAAUGGCACACCGCAAACGAACACGCGAUAACCACACAAUACAAGUACAACGACGAAAGCACGCAAAAAUGGCUGUUGGCAAAUUUAGCAGGAGACAGCAGGACAUACGCCAUGCAAUGGGGUGGAAGUGCUCUGUCACCAUACGCCGUGGAUCCAUCAUGGCAGAGUUGUCAGCCCGACGGCAGCAGAUUCCAUCAUUACAGUCCAGGAGUUUGCCCAGAGGGACAUACACUGGCGCAGUACACCGUGUAUCGGGUUCAAACCAUGUCGGAUCAAAGUCUUUCUACGUAUUGGGGAGGAGAUUGCUGUAAAACCGGCAUGUACCCAUACCCCGACUCUCAAUCCUUAUUCAGCGAGCCAGGCCUCUGUAUCAGCGCCAUCUCAGAACCACUCGUCGUCCGCGCGCCCGAUCCCUCCGACAUCUCUCCACCAGCCACAGGUAUCCCCGCACCUUUCUCGUACAACAGAACAUCCGUGACGGCAACAAACGGCUUCGCAAUCUCCCAAGGGCUCUCCGUCCUCUGGGCCGAAACCGACUUCCCGAAUUUCCCCCCAGCAUACGCAUCAUCGCUAGCCCAAGCCCUGCAUCUGACGUUGAAUUUCUCCACGUCGACGGCAGAUGCCGGAUCCAACCCAAGCAAUGCAGGCACAUCGCCUUACCCAACAGCAACACACAAGAAAACACAAGACAUGUAUGGUUUCUACGAGGAAAGCGCAGACCCGAAGUAGACGCAAAUGAUAAACCCGUCGUCGAACUAGACGGCUCGCGGGAUCGCCGGGAGCUCGACGCGGAGCGCGGCCGCCACGAGAUGUGCGCUUCUCCUCUUCCUCCUGCUUAUGGCGAGUUGGACUCGUUGGCUGUGUUUGUGGUUCCUGGGUCGCCGAGGGAGUUGGAUGCCGCGGCGUCGGUUAAGGUCCGGC